AUGGUGCCGUUUAACUUCAAGCGUCGGGAGAACGGCGUGGACGACGUGACGAUCAAGGUGCUCUACUGCGGCAUGUGCCACACGGACCUCCACUUCGCCAAGAACCACUGGGGCAUCACGCAGUACCCGGUGGUGCCGGGCCACGAGAUCACCGGCGUGGUCACCAAGGUCGGCUCCGACGUCUCCUGGUUCAGGCCCGGCGACCGCGUCGGCGUGGGGUGCCUGGCGUGCUCGUGCCUGGACUGCGAGCAGUGCGACAGCUCGCAGGAGAACUACUGCGACAAGUUGGGGCUCACCUACAACGGCGUCUUCUGGGACGGCAGCAUCACAUACGGCGGCUACUCCAGCAUGUACGUGGCGCACAAGCGGUUCGUGGUGCGGGUCCCCGACAGCCUGCCGCUGGACGCGGCGGCGCCGCUGCUGUGCGCGGGGAUCACCGUGUACACCCCGAUGAAGAAGCACGGGAUGCUGCUGCAGGGCGCCGCUGGCAGGAGGCUCGGGGUGGUCGGGCUGGGCGGGCUGGGCCACAUCGCCGUCAAGUUCGGCAAGGCCUUCGGGCUGCACGUCACGGUGAUCAGCACGUCGCCGGCCAAGGAGCAGGAGGCCAGGGAGAACCUCAAGGCCGACGACUUCGUCAUCAGCACGGACGACAAGCAGAUGCAGGCUAUGGCGAGGAAGCUUGACUACGUGAUCGACACAGUCCCGGCGGCGCACUCGCUGGGACCAAUCCUGGAGCUGCUCAAGGUGGGCGGUGCGCUCGCCCUCGUCGCCGCUCCGGACGGGCCCCUCGAACUCCCUUCGUUCCCGCUUAUUUUCGGGAACAAGACCAUCAGUGGGAGCAUAAAGGGGGGAAUGAAUGACCAUCAGUGA